AUGGCUAAGGUCUGUUUAAGGCCAAUUUUCUGUGUCUUCCUCCUCCUCGUCGUCCUAAUAGCCCUAAUAUCUCAUCAUGGCACUGAUGCUCAGCCAAACUUCCUAAAAUCCUUCUGUGGAAACGACACAACUAAUAGCAAUAGUACCUACCAAACCAACCUCCAAGCCCUCUUGCUAAACAUCUCUUUCAACAUACAAAUCGACUAUGGCUUCUACAACUUCUCCUCCGGCGAGAACUCCGGCAAAGUCAACGUCAUCGCACUAUGCCGAGGAGACGUUUCAGCACAAGAUUGCCGCAGCUGUAUCUCAGAUUCGAGGGUUGUUCUUCCUCAAGUUUGCCCUAACAUGAAGGAGGCAAUCGGCUGGCAUGACUUCUGCUUCCUCCGAUACUCCGACCGAUCCAUAUUCGACGUCAUGGAAACUUCGCCUUCUUUCUCUUUGUGGAGCACUCACGACGCGUUGCAGAAAGAUCAGUUCAAGAACGUACUUGCGCAGUUGAUGAGUUCUUUGAGAGUAACCGCAGCAACGGGAGACUCGAUGAGGAAGUUCGCGGCGGCGAAUGUGAGCGGUCCUAGCAAUCAGACGAUAUUUGGGCUGGCACAGUGCACGCCGGACUUGUCCAACGACGAUUGCAACGUUUGCUUGAAUUGGGCGAUCAAUCAAAUUCCUAAAUGUUGUGAUGGGCAGACAGGCGGUAGAGUGGCAACGCCCAGUUGCAAUGUUAGAUAUGAGACUUACAAAUUCUUUGGCGGCGGCACGUCGUCACCACUUUUGCCAGCCCCGCCAUUGCCACCACCGCCUCAUCCUCCCUUUGGUCAACCCGUGUCCAAGCAAGGAAAGAGCAAUAAUACAUCACGAAUUGUUAUUGCCAUAGUUGUGCCAUUUGUCUCAAUCGCAGUGCUCAUCUCUAUUGUCGUAAUUUACUUAAAAUUCAAAGUCAGGAGGCCUCAGAAUAUUGACACCGAAGCUAAGGAUGUUGCUGACUCAUUGCAAAUGGACUUUGAAACAAUCAGAGAGUCAACAAAUGAUUUUUCUGACAAAAAUAAGCUUGGACAAGGUGGAUUUGGACCUGUUUACUUGGGUAGGUUGUAUAAUGGACAAGAGAUAGCAGUAAAAAGGUUGAGUAGGGAAUUUGGUCAAGGUGAUAUGGAGUUCAAGAAUGAAGUGUUACUAAUGGCCAAGCUUCAACAUCGCAAUUUAGUCAAGCUACUUGGUUUCUCUCUCAAAGAUAAAGAAAGGCUACUUGUUUAUGAGUUUGUUCCAAACAAAAGCCUUGAUUACUUCAUCUUUGAUCCAAUAAAGGCCACAGCAUUGAAUUGGGAAAAGCGUUACAAAAUCAUUGAAGGCAUUGCACGAGGUCUUCUUUAUCUCCAUCAAGAUUCUCGAAUUCGAAUUAUUCAUCGUGACCUCAAAACAAGUAAUAUACUUUUGGAUGAAGAGAUGAAUGCUAAGAUAUCGGAUUUUGGAAUGGCAAGACUACUUGUAAUGGAUCAAACUCAAGCCAAAACAAAUAAUAUUGUUGGCACCUAUGGAUAUAUAGCACCAGAAUAUGCAAAGCAUGGAAGAUUUUCAAUGAAGUCGGAUAUCUUUAGUCUCGGAGUACUGAUUUUAGAAAUCAUAAGCGGCAAGAGAAAUAGUGAAUAUGAAGAUUGGGAAGAUCUAGAGCAUAUAGGAAGCGCAGCUUGGAAAAGCUGGAGAAAAGGGACAUUGUCAAGUAUUAUAGACCCCAGGCUGAUUGAAGAAGGUGGUUCUUCAAGAAAUGAGAUAAUGAGAUGCAUCCAAAUAGGGUUAUUGUGUGUUCAAGAGAAGGCAAGUGAUAGGCCAACAAUGGACACUAUUGUGGCAAUGUUGAGUGCUUAUUCAUUCUCUCUACCCAUUCCUCUGCAGCCUUCCUUUUAUAUACAAGGAGGCUUACCAGAUGAUGUUUUUAUUACAUCUUCAUCAUCGUCUCAAGAAGAUCAGUCCGCAGUUGAAGCUUCAAGAAAUGAACUCUCAAUUUCAGAACAGUAUCCACGUUAG